UGUCCAUCAGUGCCAGCUGUCAGUGCCCAUCAGUGCCACGUGCCAGUGCCCAUCAGUGCCACAUCAAUGCCACCCAUCAGUGCCAGUCAGUGCCACCUAUCAAUGCCAAUCAGUGCCACCUAUCAGUGCUUCCAAUCAGUGCCACCUAUCAGUGCCAGUCAGUGUCGCCUAUCAGUGCCAGUCAGUGCCGCUAUCAGUGCCAGUCAGUGCCGCCUAACAGUGCCAGUCAGUGCUGCCUAUCAGUGCCAGUCAGUGCUGCCUAAAAGUGCCAGUCAGUGCCGCCUAUCAGUGCCAUGUAUCAGUGCUGCCUUUCAGUGCCCAUCAGUGAUGCCUGUCAAUGCCCAUCAGUGCAACCUACCAGUGCCUCCUCAUCAGUGCCACCUAUCAGUGCCCAUCAGUUCCACCUAUCAG